UGUGUAAAUACAUGGAGAUAUGUGGGUAUAAAAGCAGGCUGCUUUUGGGUGGAUCAUUUGAGUGACCUGGUAACCAACAUGACGGCCACACGAGUUCUGCUGAUUUUCCAACUGCUGGCUUGCUUGAUGGCCAUAAUAUCGGGCUGCAACCAGAAGUCCUGCUAUCCAUUCAUUGGCCUGAACAACUGCGAUGGCAAAGGCUACAAGGAGCCCAAACUUCCGCCUCGGGACAAUGCCUGCUGCGGACCCCAUUGCGUCUACAAGGCUCCAAAUAGUCAAAGUACUGGUCCCUGCAACUGCCAAGCCGUGAAUCGUUGCCUCCUGGACACACACUGUGGCGCAGGCCAGCCCUUCACCUUCGUAUGUAUGUCCGAUUGUGAUCUAAAUAAGAAAAAUGCCGAACGCUUGGCAGCUGGAUUUGCCCGUCUUAUUUCCUUUGCCUGGGCUGAGAAGAAGUGCCUGGGCAUGAACACCAAAUGCGGCAUUAAUUGUUGCUGUCGUGAGAAUUGUCCUAAGCAGUUUUGUAAAUUUUAA